AUGGCAUCUCUCAAGAGUUUCGGCCGGGCUGGGCAGAGAGAAGAGGAGGAGAACGGAGACCUGGACCGAUCGCUCCAGCAGAUGCUGCGGGCGAUAGUGGAGGAAAGGAACCGCAUUAACAUCCGCCAGGAGAUCAGCGGGCUGGGUUGUUUCAAAGAUGAUCGCAUUGUGUUCUGGACUUGGAUGUUUUCUACUUAUUUCAUGGAGAAAUUGGCCCCCCGGCAGGAUGAUAUGCUCUUCUAUGUCCGCCGAAAGCUAUCCUAUGUUAGUGGUGAUAGCACAGAGGGAAAGAAGCAGGUCGAAGUUGAAGUUUACCGUAGGGAUUCUAAGAAGCUUCCUGGCCUGGGUGACCCAGACAUCGAUUGGGAGGAGAGUGUCUAUCUGAACCUCAUCCUGCAGAAGCUGGACUACGUGGUCACCUGUGCUGUGUGCACUCGCUCAGAUGGAGGGGAUAUUCACAUUCACAAAAAGAAAUCUCAGCAAGUAUUUGCAUCUCCAAGCAAACACCCAAUGGACAGCAAAGGAGAGGAAUCAAAGAUCAGCUACCCUAACAUAUUCUUCAUGAUUGAUAACUUUGAAGAGGUGUUCAGUGACAUGACUGUGGGGGAAGGCGAGAUGGUCUGCGUGGAGCUGGUGGCCAGUGACAAAAGCAACACCUUCCAAGGAGUGAUCUUCCAGGGAUCCAUCCGUUAUGAAGCACUCAAGAAGGUCUAUGACAACAGGGUGAGCGUUGCAGCUAAGAUGGCUCAAAGGAUGUCCUUCGGCUUUUAUAAGUACAGCAACAUGGAGUUUGUACGGAUGAAGGGGCCCCAAGGUAAAGGACAUGCAGAGAUGGCAGUGAGUCGAGUUUCAACCGGAGACACUUCUCCAUAUGGAACGGAGGAAGAUUCGAACCCAGCAUCUCCUGUGCAUGAGAGAGUCACAUCCUUCAGCACGCCACCGACCCCAGAGCGCAACAAUCGACCAUCCUUUUUCUCCCCCUCCCUCAAGAGGAAAGUGCCCCGAAAUCGGAUUGCUGAGAUGAAAAAAUCCCACUCGGCAAAUGAUAGCGAGGAAUUCUUUCGAGACGAUGAUGACGGAGAUCUGCAAAAUGCUUCGAAUCUAAGGUCACGGUCCUUAUCUGGAACAGGACGGUCUCUGGUUGGCUCAUGGCUGAAGUUAAACAGAACAGAUGAAAACUUUCUACUCUAUGCACAUUUAACCUAUGUCACUUUGCCACUGCAUCGAAUUUUAACAGAUAUUCUGGAAGUGCGGCAGAAACCAAUUCUGAUGACAUAGCAGAGCGCUGGGCACUGCCUUGGAAUUUUGCUGCCAAGUGCCUAUCCAUGAUGGUUUUCUGUGACAACGCUACCAUCUAGUGUCAGGAAUAUAAACCUACACAGAAAAAACGGGAAGUUAAGAAUACCAGCCAAUUAAAGUGCCUCUCUCUUCCUUCCUCUGCUGUCAUACACCGUCUGCACACAAUAGUAAUACAUCUCUUUAAAGUGUUCUGACUAGAGGACUUUAAAAAACAAAACCAGAAGGGGCUGUGUUUAAAAACAAAAUCAAUGCUUUAUGAACAAUUUGUUACCGUGUUUACUUUAUAACUGAGAAACCAACAUGUACAGAAUGUGUUGAACUUUAUUUUCGUUGAGAGAAACAACUUUAGGAUUUCAUAAUGAUGUACCAAUGAACUUUGUUCAUAGACUCUUGUCCAUGCCCUCCUUGUUAUAAUGGCUUUGUGUGCAUGUGUUUUGGGAUGCAAGGGACAAUAGAAUAUUUUGCUAGUCAGAAGGGGUAAGGAAAGAGAUGCAACCACGGUGUGUUGUCGUUGUGGUAUGUGCAUUUGGUCAGGAUGGAGCUAAAAUAAUGCUUUCAAUGCUCUUUUUCUGUUAGUGUGUCGUUCCUGAAUUCCUAAGAUAGCUUUAUUCCAUGAUGACCAUUUCCCCAUUUACCAAAGAACAGUGAAGACUUCCUGCUCUAGAAUGGUCUAAGGGAAAGAGCCAACAUAAGAAGGGAAGAAAAUGCUGCUCUAGAAAAUCUGUAGUCCAGUUCCAGUACUGCUGCUGCUAUGAUGUAGGAGUAAACCCAAGUCUUAAUGUAUAGAGCAAUGGGAGAGCAUAACUAGACUCCAGUACCAAACACAUUCCGAUUAUUAGUUUCUGUGAUGAUUCACUGUACUGAAGCACAAAGGGUUUUCUUUAAAGACAAGCUUAAGUAUAGUUCUUCUCUGAAAAGUAACUGAAAUGACCUUGUGGGAGGCUUGCGGUUGUGUGCUGUGUUUAGCAGUAAUGCAUGUUUUUCUAAAUAGCACCCCUGUAAACUUCUCUGGGAAUCUGAAAGUUCAAUUGGUAAAUACUCUGCAACCAGCAUUCAGUUAACAAUUCUGAUGGGGGAGACAGAAUAUAGCAUAGUUCCCUUUCUUAGCACUGCAGAGCCAAUGCAGUAACUGGCAGACUCUAAAAUACCCACAGGAAGGAGAUCAGUUGAGAGAGCAGAUGCCAUUCUUAGUUACUUUUCAGGGCUUGUCUACAUGUAUAAACAAGCCCUCAGAAUAUCACCACCCUAUGCUCCAUGCUGGCACUGCGGUUACCAACAUGGCAUGUGCUUAAAGCCUAAAUCUUUGGUUUUCCCCUUGACCUUUUCCCAAACUGCUUUGUUGUUGUUCUCUCAGUAGCAUCAGGUGAGAUGCUUCAUUUCUGCCCAGAAGCCAUGGAAAUGGUUCCACUACAGCUUAAAGGUAGACUGUAUUGCACACCCAGGAUGAUGGCUCCAUCUGGUAAAAUAUACUUGUCAGUCUGUUUAUAGUUACACUUUAAACCUAAAUUAGAAUAUGCAUUGUUGGAGCCUUAGGCUGGAAGAAGUCAACUUAAUGCAAAGUGAUGGUAUUUCUAACACUGGCAAUGUGAACAUACUACAAGAAACUGUAGGCCAAUUUCCCAUUCACUUUAGGCAAACUAUUUCAGCUCUAAGUAACUCAUUAACCAGUAGAGUUUAUUUUGUUAGUGCUAACCAAUAUUACUGCAGGUUAGAGACUGUCGUAAACAUUGUUCCUCCAGUCCCUGUGUCAACAAUUAAAUCACUUUUGGCAAGAGAGCAACCUCCAGUCUUUGUCUUGAGCCUCUGAAAAUGCCCUAAUUCUGCACUUUCAUACUGCUGGGCUAAGCAAAUCAAUGCAGUUUUCCUUUAACAGUUCAUUGCAGUGGGGAGGGAGAGGAGAGAGAACAUUUGUACUUCUAGAGGCAAUUGGAACAUUUGAACCAAAUACUCUGAGAUUAGUAAAUAUUAUGAAUAGGAAAAUUUACCCAUUUGGAAAUGUGACUUAGGUGUCUGAGUACUGUUCUGUCUCCAGCCAUUUUUCCCCUCUCCUGCCCCCAGGCUGACGUCAAUAUGGUAGGAUUAAAUAGCCUAAAUUCUCAUGGGCUGGAGGCACAUGCUGUGUAUAUUUUCAGGAUAAAUGGCAAACAUGGCAUGAUACUAAACUAAUCAGGAAUGUACGGACAAUUCUAGGAGCAAGCAGUACAAAUUCUAGAGCCUUAUGCAAGACAUACUGUCUUGUGUCUGGACUGGAGUUUUGCUAAUGUCUAGUUUUUAAAGGGCUAAGAAAGUCAGCCAGUCAUUUUGGUAUAUUUUAUACUGUGUUAACAGAUCUGCCACAGGCACUCUGAAUGAAGAGUCACCUUUUUGACUAGCCGAAAUGGGCUGUAACUGCACGAGCUUGGACAACCACAAGAAAUACAAAUCCAUGUGUUUUGAAUGUCAUUAGUGCUCUGAGGAAAUUGCUAGAUGUACCAGACUGUAAAAUAGCCCUUCUAAAAAUCUGAAGUAGAACGCUCUGUACAGCUCUAGUCAGUUGUUUUCUGUCAAGUGAAAAGCUUAAAUAUUUGUAAUGAAACCUAAUACUCCAGAGUAGGAGGAUUUGGGUUGGUUUUUUAUGAACCCCUAAGAAUCAAAACCUACAGUCCUCACAGGCAGGAGUCCCAGUGACGUUAGCAGGAGCUUGGCUUAAGUGAGGCUGGCAUAUUAUUUGGACCUUGAGUCUCUUAAAAUGCCCUUACUCUGCACUUUCAUACUGGACCUGUAGCAUAUUAUUGCACUACACUACAUAAGAGAGUGUGAGGUGGGAGCCCCUGAUCUUUUUAUUUGGAAUUUUUCCAUCCUGUAGCUCCAAAGCAUUAAAUCGAUGGAGCCGAGGCACGACUGGAAUAAAAAAACUAUCAAGGAAUGUACUGAAGUGUUGUUGAGCUCCAUAAGUAUACCAUAUAGAUGACAAAUACGAGUAAAAAGGGUUUUGUUUGCCUAGUUACUGUUUUGACUAUUGAAGCAGCAGCAAUUUUAAUGAUGUAUACUGAAGCUUGACAACUAGAAUGGAAGUUCUUGUCGUAUGAGAAAGCACUAUGGUUAGCAUGAGCCUGGAAAGCUUUGCUGCUCAGGUCAAUCUGUUAAUCAGUUGGUUAUUCUUGUUUGGUCUGAUAGCUUUUUCCAUUGUGCUGCACAACCACCACCUCUGGAGAGCUGAAAUUUGCCAUAUCCAUCAUCCUCGGGAUAAAUAUAAAGACAGAUGUCAAAUACAAGCGUGUAAGAAAUCUGUUUAGGUUCAAAAACUUAAUAAGAGCUUAUUACACCUUUAAUGUUACCAUUUCAAGACAUUCUCCGUUAUCAAUUAUAUUGUAUUAACAGGGCGGUGAUGUGCCUUAAAGACCACAGUGUAUGUAAAAUUCCAUUCAAAGUCUUUGCAAUUCCCCCCAACCACCACAUGAUGUCUUCCAAGUCUGUCCAACCUCUCGCAUAUGUCACAUCAUUGAUAGAGGCCAUUCUAGAAAUGUAUAAGCUUGAGCAGGCUUGGUUCAGCUAAACUUUGAGAAUGGGUUCACCUUCCUUCUCAUUGGAUUUACUCAAUCUUGAGGCAAAGCUUGACUGAGUCAAAGCCACAUGAACCAACCUGGGUUUGCAUAGUCCCUGUUCAGAAACAUAAGUCAGGUCACCUUGCUCACCAGGGCAAACCUGGCUUUGAAAGGAAAGUAGGGGAGCCUCAAGUUUUGCAUAGGUUGAAGUGUGAUGUGACCUGAAUCAUGCUGUUAUCCACAGCCCUCCAUUUGCAGAAAGGAGGUGAUGGGCUUUUCUAAAAAGAGGGAUACAUUUAGUUUGACUUGCAAGGGGAGAUGACACAUUAAAUUUCCAAAAUAUCAUCUUGUACCAGCAUUUAGUUCUGAAACUGCUAAGGCCACACUGCAUCCAUGUAGCUACAGCCUUAUAUCCACACAUGCAAGUGCUUGUAAAUCCCCCUUGACAUUGCUUUCAGCCAGUCACUGUAAGAUUUUGCUUUCCAGCUGAGUUUGUUUUGUCACCUACUUUUUCCAAGUCUCAAAUCUUCCUGAUAAAAAUAGAUGUAGGUUAAAACUUUCCAAAGUGCUUAAGUCCCAGCAACAGUCAAUGGGACUUCAAAGUUCUUAAACGCAUGGAACAAAGGUACUUGUGAGAAUUCUACUAGUGCUACAGGGACAGCCGUCAGAAAUGGCAAGUUUAACUGUACUUGGCAGGGCUGGCUAUUUCUUAUGGACCCACCUUAUACGUAUUAGCAAAUGGUCCUCAUGGCCUCCACAGAGUUGUCACUCAAAAGCAUUGGGAAUUGGGUUCUCUGUGAUCACAGCCCAGAGUUCUCUGGUGCUACCCCACUUUGUAUUAUUAAAUGUGACUGAACCAGACUGUGUAGAAAUCGUGUGUGUUGAAAGUAAAUAGAAUAGAACCCAUGUAGAGAAACGGCUAAAUGAACAAGUUGCCUGUACACCAAACCUUAAAUGAAAAAACAGUAUUUUACAUCAGAAUGUAACUGUACAGAUGCUUGGUCGGGAUAAUAUAAGACUGCAAGCAGGUUACAGUGUUCAACGUUCUCUGUGUACAUAUAUAAAUAUAUUUUCAGACUAAUUUUAACCAACUAACACUUGUUGCAUGGUUUUUUUGCCUCAUUGAUCAUCAGCAUUGAGUGACAGAUGAUCAACUGAAAAUCAUGCUGGCACUGCAGCUGAGCCCCUUGAACAAAGAGCGGUGAGAACACCUUUGUGCACCAAAAAUAAGACUAAUGUUACUUAUUGCAACAUGAAGACAAUGUUGAACCCUGCACCCAAUAAACAAAGACCUCUUCAAUGACCAUAUGUUUUGUUAACUGUAUUUUCUUUGUAUUGUAUCCUAUAUGUUUGAGGGUAGUAUGAAUUUAUAUUUCCAGAACAUUACAAGUCUUUAUAUUAAGCAGCAAGUUAGAAAUUGGUUGGGAUGAUAAUGUGAAACAUGUACGAAGGUCCACCAAAUAGGCAAUUAUCUGAAGAUGAGUAUCCCAUUUACUGUUUACUUUCAUUUGACCUUGAGUAAAAGAGAUUCAUCUUGUGUGACUAACACUGGCUCCUUGUGUGAUCACUUUAGUAUUUAGGGGGAGAAGGGAGGGGGAAAUACAACACAUUUUUAAAA